AUGCUCAUCUUGACGUGGAUUUCAGAAAAGAUCAACCAGAGGGCAUUGCUUGGCAUUCUCGUCGAGCUAUGGCUGCUCCCCUGUGUCAUUGCCCUUGCAGUGAUCCCCUCCGGCGUCAGCAGAUGGGCCACAUAUGCGUUGGUAAUCGUACUAUUGUCUUAUCCCUCCCCCCAUCCCAUGCAAGUUGGCUGGGCGAGCCGCAACUCCAACACCGUCAGGACAAGAACGGUCUCGGCCGCGCUCUACAAUAUGUCUGUUCAACUUCAAUCCAUCAUCAGCGCCAACAUCUACCGACGAGACGAUCGUCCGGAGUACCGCCGUGGCAAUAGGGCGCUGGUCGGAAUCGCAAGCCUCAACGUGGUGAUCUACGCGGCUGCUAAGGUCUAUUAUGUCUGGAGGAACAGACAGCGAGACCGGAUCUGGGACGCCAUGUCACCGGAGGAGCGCCAACGAUACCUCGAUACCACCACAGACAAGGGAAGCAAGAGACUGGACUUUCGAUUCGCGAGUUGA